AUCAAGCACUGGCUACACUUUGCUAUCUCUUGCACAAUCAGCAGUUUCUCUGGCAUAUAAAGAGACGCUGUCGCUCCCGAGGUCUCUUCCACUGCUCUGACCAGCUCCUCAGGGAACAACUCUUGACCACUUCACAAUGACUACCGCGCAACCCAUAUUCAAUAAGGGAGAAGACUGCAAGGCAGGGUGGCACGACGCCAGCGCCGGGUACAAUGAAACCGACACUCACCUCGAAAUUUUGGGCAAGCCCGUCAUGGAACGAUGGGAGACUCCAUACAUGCACUCCCUGUCAACUGUUGCUGCCUCCAAGGGAGGCAGAGUGCUGGAGAUUGGGUUCGGCAUGGCCAUCGCCGCCACUAAGCUGGAGAGUCUGCCCAUCGAGGAGCACUGGAUUAUUGAGUGCAACGACGGCGUCUUCGCAAGACUACAGGAGUGGGCCAAGUCUCAGCCCCAUAAAAUCGUGCCACUGAAAGGCCUGUGGGAAGAAGUUGUUCCCACACUUCCAGACAACCACUUUGAUGGCAUCCUGUACGACACAUACCCUCUCUCUGAGGACACAUGGCACACACAUCAGUUUGACUUCAUUAAGGGCCAUGCUAACAGACUGCUGAAAACUGGAGGCGUGCUCACUUACUGCAACCUCACCUCCUGGGGAGAGCUGCUGAAGGGCAAAUAUGACAACAUUGACAAAAUGUUUCAGGAGACCCAAGUACCUCAUCUUUUGGAGGCCGGCUUCAAGAAGGAGAACAUCAGCACGACCACGAUGGACAUCAUUCCCCCUGAAGAGUGCAAAUACUAUUCCUUCAAGAAAAUGAUUACGCCAACCAUUCUGAAGAAGUAGAGGCGUUCAGCCAACCACUGCCCUGAUUUUUUUUAUUUGUAUUGCCCCCUCCCCCUUGAACUGAUUCGCCAUGCCCAUUGACAUAUAUAGAUAGAUGCCAUGUUCUCUGUACAGUGUAUAUUCUAUACAUGUCUAUGCAUUAUGCCCUCUGACCAUGGGCUGUAAGGGUUGACCUGAACACUGACAUCUCAUUGGUUGGAUGCAGCCGUUUCCUUUCAUGAAAUAAUGGUCAUGAAGGAACACCAUUCCACAAUUCACAGCUCAUACCCUGUAUAUUUUCAAAAUAAAGCCAACACCAGUUUAUUGUA